AUGCAUCGAGUAAAAGAGAAGUUGCCCAAUCCAAGACGCCUUGUUCAUUUUUCCCCAGAAAAAUCUCACAACUUUUACCCCACCAUGUUCCUAGAAUUCCUAAAGGUUUCAGGCAUUUUCGUGACAAUUGUUGCUGCUGUCAUAGGAGUGUGUAUUGUCACCAUCAGGUCAAUUGAGUACAUAGAAGAGAACACAUAUGCGGCCAAAGAGAAGAUUGUGAAGAUAAUAUACUUCACUAUGGCCUGUUACAUAUUCUUCAUGCUCAAGGGCAUGUCAUUUCUGCAUCUUCUUCUUGGACUAGGAAUCCAGUACACAUUCAACAUUCUGAUGCACACGUAUCCAGCAAUCAAGCCAGAGGAUCCCAAAUUCAUAGGCGCUGUUCUUGGCAGCCUGGUUAACCACUUCCUCAUGAUAAAAUUCUUCUUUGACAAAAGUGGCAGCAUAUUCAUGAUAGUAUUUGCAUUUGUGAUUGUGUGGCUCACUCCAUUCUGCAUGUUCUUCAGCAUGAGUGCAACAGACGACGUCCUGUUUGUUAAGAAUCCAAACAAGCCACUCAAAACGUAUGCUGGAAUGUUUCUGGACUGGCUGCUACACAUAAGCAAAAAGAGAAGAGAAAGAAUGCAAUAA